CAGCCCGUCAAGGAAACGGUCAAGUCUUUGAACCAGCACACUUUUCCGCGACCAACCCAACGCCAGUGACCUUCCCCCCCCCCAGUUCUACUCGAACCACUCAAGAUACAGGGAAAAGAUGGUUACCAAAUCCAAGCUCAAGCUGGCAUUGGCGGCUGAGAAGGGUAUCGACCUCCGCAAAGUCAAGGAACAGAGAAAGAUCAAAUCGAAGCAUCGCGAAACCGCCAAGGAGAAGGAGAAGAAGGCCAAAGUCAAGGGCGCCGAUAUAGAAGCCGAAGAGAUGGACGAUGAUGAGGACGACGAUGCCUCCGUAAUUUCCGUCGAGGGUGAGAUUACAUUGAACGCCGAGUUCGAGGAUGCCGACUCGGACGAAGAGGAUGAAGAUGAGGAGGAAGACGACAAGCUUGACAUCGAAGCAUUGGACGACACAGACAGCGACUCCGAUUCCGAGGUUGAGAUGGAAGAGAAGAUUGAGCGUCCGGCCAAGAAGACCAAGACUACCAAGAAGACGCCGACAGAAGUCGAGGAGAAGGACGACGACUCGGAAGACGACGAAGAAGAAGACCCUGAGGCGGAUGACGUGCCGCUCUCGGACCUCGACGCUGACGAGGGGGAUCUUGAGGACGUCGUCCCGCAUACCAAGCUCACCAUCAAUAACAAGACGGCCCUCGUCACCUCUUUGAACCGCAUCCGCAUCGAUACCUCGCCCGCCGUGCGCUUCGCGACGCACCAGUCAGUCAUUUCAUCCAAGCCGACGGCCGACGCCGUUCCCGACGUCCAGGACGACCUCCAGCGCGAGCUCGCGCUGCUGUCGCAGUCGCUGGAGGCGGCGCGCAAGGGGCGUUCCCUCCUCAUCCAGGAGAAAGUGCCCUUCUCGCGCCCCAAUGACUACUUUGCCGAGAUGAUCAAGGACGACGGCCAGAUGCAAAAGGUCAAGGCCAAGCUCAUUGACGAAGCCAGCUCCAAAAAGGCCGCCGCCGAGGCGAGGAAGCUCCGCGACCUCAAGAAGUUUGGCAAGCAGGUACAGGUCGCCAAGCUUCAGGAGCGCCAAAAGGCCAAGAAGGACACACUGGACAAGAUCAAGACGCUCAAGAGGAAACGCCAAGAAGGCUCUUCCAACCUCGACACGCACGAGGCUGACCUGUUCGACGUUGGCGUCGACAACGAGAUCAAGAGCCAUACCAACUCGUCCGGCAAGCGCGACGGAAAGCGCGACGGUGGCCGCUCCGGCAGUGGUGUCAACACCAAGCGGGCCAAGAAGAACGACAAGUACGGCUUCGGCGGCAAGAAGCGCCACGCAAAGUCGGGCGAUGCUGUUAGCUCAGGCGAUCUCAGUGCCUUUAACCCCAAGCGUAUGAAGGGCGGCGUGGGCAAGAAGCCCCAGCAGCGGCCCGGUAAGAACAGGAGAAAGUCCAUGUCGAAUAAAUAAGGAACCUAUGUAAAACGAACGAUUGCCAGUGGUGCGAGAGCGGGUGUGGCAGAUUAGGGAGCCAGGGGCUAGAAAGAGAGAGGGAGGGGAAAAAAAGGACGAAAAGGGGCAAAAGAGUUGAGGAGCAAAUACCCCUCGGGCUGAGUAACUGCCAAACGAAACCAGUCGCUUGCUUUCUGUUGACUGGAGAUAUCUAAUCGAACCUUCACACACUUACUCUCUGGAGUUGUUGCCGUUGUUGUCCAAUUCCAUGUUGGAUCCUGCAUGGUGACCCGAACGAAACCAAAUUCGUCCCAACACUUGCCUGAAGUGAUGGCAUGUAACAGACUUUUGCGCAAGCGCGCCCGCAGGACCUUGUCGAGUUUUAAGUUUAGCCCCGGCAGCUCUGAAUCAUUUUCAUGUCGCAAGAAAACAUGGCACACUACGUCAUGAGCGCUUGUCUGGGCGCUUCCCAAUGCUACAUCCCCUUUAUGGGUCUAUUAAGCACUACAAAAGGCUCUUCUUGGCAUUUUGGAAGAGUAUAUAAAUAAAUUCUGACAUUAUAGCUGGUAAAACCUCAUAACAAUACGUACAUCAUCCUCCGCUUGCUGCUUGAAUACGCGCUCCUCAAGCGCUCUUCUAUGCCCUCUCCCUUCGGGGCAUGCUAUUCGGAUCACGGGGGUGGGGGUUUGCUAAAAUGACUAUGGCAGUCCCCCCGCGUCCAUGAGCCUAGGCAAGCGGGUAGUCCAUCCUUAAUCAAAAGUUGCCGCCUUUAUCCAUAAUUUCCAUGCCUGGUGUUGCGUAGUCCGCCAAUCUGCUUUU